UUUGCAAUAACAAUACAAAUAUAAACUAUUAUUGUAUGGAUGCCAUCAAUAUAUCUGGUCGUCAGACACCACCCGCGCGGGCAAACAAAUACAAGUCCCCGAUGUCGGCGCCCACUAACAAACGGCAGUGGUCUCUACCCCGACGGCUCAUGUCUAUGGGCUUCACGGGUCUGAACAGAACCACUUCCAACAUAGAGCCCCGCACUUACACCAGAAGUAAUGGCAUCGAGGAGGCCGAGGAUAUCAAAUACAUCGAUAGAUAA